AAGUUUAUUGCAUCUGCGCAAGUUCUUUAAUGAAUGACGACGACGUUGUCUUUGAUAUGAUGUGUUUGUUAUAUAUGGAGAAUGUUGCGUUACGAUAAAAAAAAUUACAUAGAAAAUCCAUUUUCAAGUCCAUCUUCUGAUGAUGAUACUGGUUAUGUCAGCAAGAGUUCAAAAAAUCAGACAAAUGAAUUCGAUGAAUCGAUUCAAGCAAUGUGCGAUAUUUAUGGACAAACACCUCCAAGAACUCGGUUAAAUCGUAAGAAACGGUAUUCAAGACAAAAACUUAAUGGAGCAGAAACGAAAUCAUGGGAAAAAAAUACACAAUCAAAAGUAAUGAUUCGCAGACGUAAUACUCUGGAUAAUAUAAUUUUUAAUGAGAUGUGUGACAAAGCAGAUAAAGAUUAUGAAAACGAAGCAAAUCGAGAUAUAACGAAGGAAGGAAACAGAAAAUAUAAAAGAAGUUUAAAAAUGUUGCGUGGAAAUGAAAGAGAUUUAAAAUUAGAUAUAGAGGCAGCUUAUAAUUAUAUGGAAAAAUUUAAUCCUUGUGAAGUAUCAACUCCUAAUCACAUAAAGGUUGAAACUCGAAAUAGAUUUCGCAGCUUGCGAUCAAAGCCUAUUGAUGUAGAAGAAAAAAAGAUUGAAAUUAAUAUUAAUGAACAGACUUCAAUUUCGGAUAAUAAAGAAUCAACACCAAAGACGCUAAGUUUUAAAGAACGAGAAAUAUUUCACAAUACAUUUUCUUUCUUAAUUAGAUUGGGAAAUGUAGAGCGAAAUUGCUCUCGUCAAAUUAGUCAUGAAGAAACAUGUUGGCAAAAUGAAUUAAAAGAUUUAAUAUGGCUAGAAUUACAAGCUUAUCAUGCUGAUCGCAGUCCAAUGGCUCAGGAUGAAUAUUUAUGCAAACAACGGGAAACUGUUGAAGGUUUACUUAAAGAAAUAAUGGAGUACAGAUAUAAUCCUGUUGCAAAUGUAAAAAACGAUAAUAAAUCAAAUCUAAAUAUAGAAUUAGGUAUUUGUCCAGGUUGUCUUUCAAUGUAUUGUAGAGCAUGUGCACGAGCACAAGGUGAAGCAUUACAACAAGUAGAGGUAUUAUUGUCUAGAUUAGAAGCAGCAGAAGCACUUUAUCCUUCAUCACAAGCUUUUGCUAUACAUUAUCCUUUAUAUAAAAGUACAGAAUUCACUGACAGAGUAAAAGCAAUGUGUCUUUGGUAUAACAUGACUAUACAUCAUCAACUCAAAUUACAAAUAUUAGGAAAAUUACUUAUGAGAUCACAUACUAAAAGGAAACAUGAUGAUGGAGAUUCUGGAAUAAGUUCACGAUCUUCAGAUACAAUUGAUUCUUUAGAUUGUAAACAAACUUUAGUACAAUUUGAAAUAUCAAAUCAACAAAAUGAAAAUUCCAGUCCUUCAGAUAGUAACAAUAGUAGUAAUUCUUCUGGUUUAUCCUUUUCACAAUCUUGGCCUUCUACACCUGAAAUUUCAUUUACAAGUAUAGAAAACUAUAAAAGCGAUAAACUAGAUUUUUAUUUAGUUGAAUUUGAUCGGCAAGCUUACAGAAAAUAUAUUGAAGAUGUAUUAAAGACUAGAGGUCUAAGAAAAAGUUUAUAUUUUCUUGAAAGAUUGCAUACUUGUGUCUUAAGAAAAGCAAGAUUGACAUUAGAAAAAAAUGAUAUAAGUGAUAUUUUAAAUGAAGAAUAUGAAGGUGAUGUAGAAUUGCGUCGAUAUGGUGUAUGGAGUCCUGAAGCAAGAGAAUUAAAUCUUCCAUCAUAUAGAGCUGCUUUUAUGUUCUUAUCUCGAGUUCCAUUAGAUGUCGUUCAUGAAUUUUUAAGGAUGAGAUUAGAACAAAAACCAGAACAACCCAGUCCUUUAUCAGUUCGACAACUUAUGCGUGAACUUAGAGAGGGUCUUAAAAUUGCAUGUAUUCAUCGUGAUAGAUUUGCUGCUCAUUCUUGUGCAGCAGUUAGUGAUAAUAGUUGCGAAAACUUAUUUCAAGAAAAUGUGAAAGAUUUUGAUGAAAGUUUAAAAGCUGUUUUUGAAGUAUAUCUUGAUUAUCUACAACAAUGGGUUGAUAUGGUACAACAUGAUAGCUUCUAUAAAAAUUUAAUUAUGGAUGAAUGGAUAUUUGUAAAAUCAGUAGCAAGAAAUAUAAUAAAUGGAUGUGAAAUUGCAGGAAUUAAAUUUUGUGAAAUCGUGAAAACCAUGAUUGAGCAAGUUAAAGAAUAUCUUAAUGAAAGACCACGAGAAAUUCAAGAAACUACUGAGGAUUGGAAUGAUGAAUCAAACAGAUUUCAGCGAAUAUUCAUAGAACGUGAAUGGCAAGGAAUGUUUGUAGAGGCUCGAGAAAAAAUAGUUAAAUGUAUUGUUCUUGCUAAAUGUAUAAAAUGUGAUAUUGAAAAGUGGUCUACAUUUAAUGAAAAAUUAGAAAAAUCAUUAAUAUCUGUAAAGGAUUCAGUAAUGGGUCUUAAAGAUGAUAUCACAACUGUAAUUGAAUAUUUUCAACAUAAUCUUAAAAAUAUAAAAGAACCAAAUUAUGAAUAUGAUCGAUCUACUAUGCGAUCAAGAAUAAGAGAAAUACUUCAUCAAGCUUAUCGAAUGGGUUUUGAUUAUCAUAAAGAAACAUAUAGAUUAUUUGCAUUCGAAGAAAAAGCUACUUUAGCAAAAAGUUUAGUUUCUUUUGCUUUUUUAUGGAUGGAAUUUGUUAAAACACGAUGUGAACGUGGAAGAGGUUUAAGACCUAGAUGGGCAAAUCAAGGUUUAGAAUUCUUAAUUAUAGUAUGUGAACCACAAUAUACCAAACAUUUAACUGAUGAGGAAUUUGAAGAAUUAAAAACUUGUAUGGACCAUUGUAUUUCACAUGUUGUUGGAAGUACAAAUACUGCUACAAAUAUAGAAACAGAAAAUUUAAAAAGAUUAUCUCAUUCAAGAGCAUCUUCACCUUGUCAUACUAGAACUGCAAGUUUUUCCCAGAAACCUAGAGAUAUUCUUAAAUCUCCAGAUAUUCCAUCCUAUUUUAAAAAAGUUUUUUCGUCAAAUGUUGUAGAUGGAAAUAUAAAUACAAAUAAUUUAGAUCAAAUUCCAUCCAGACAGGAAAGAAUCAAUCGAAGUAUACAAAAAAUAGAAUUUAAUAUUGACGAGAAAUUAAAAAACAGUGAACUUAUUGGACAAGUUAUAGAUAGAAAAGCUGUUGAUAGAGUUUAUAUUAAAGCAAGAAGAGUAACUUUUACUUGGCAAAGAGGUAUUAAAAUUGGACAAGGAAGAUUUGGUAAAGUAUAUACUAUAGUCAACAAUCAAACUGGUGAAUUAUUAGCUAUGAAAGAAGUUCAGUUACAACCAGGAGAUCAUAGAGCAAUUAGACGUGUUGCAGAGGAAUUACAAAUAUUUGAAGGAAUUCAAUACAAACAUUUAAUCCGAUAUUAUGGACUAGAAAUUCAUCGCGAAGAAAUGUUAAUUUUUAUGGAAUUUUGUGCUGAAGGAACUUUAGAAAGUUUAAUAGCGGGUAGUGAAAAUGGUUUAUCAGAAUCAUUGAUUAGAAAAUAUACAUAUCAACUCAUUUCAGCUGUAGUAAUACUUCAUUCUCAUGGAAUAGUACAUCGUGAUAUUAAACCUGCAAAUAUUUUUUUAACGGAUGAAGGUAAUUGUUUGAAACUUGGUGAUUUUGGGAGUGCUGUGCAAAUUAAGGCACAUACUACUAUGCCAGGUGAAUUACAAGGUUUUGUUGGCACUCAAGCUUAUAUGGCACCAGAAGUAUUUAUGAAGUCAGAAAGUAGUGGUCAUGGUAGAGCUGCCGAUAUUUGGUCAAUUGGUUGUUGUGUUAUAGAAAUGGCGAAUGGUCGAAGACCUUGGUCAGAUUAUGACUCUAAUUAUCAAAUCAUGUUUAAGAUAUAUAUUUUAUAAUAGGUGGGAAUGGGUGAAACACCAGCAUUACCAAAAAAUCUUUCAACUGAAGGCAUUGAUUUUAUUAAUAAAUGCUUACAACAUGAUCCAAAGAAAAGAUUGACAGCAAAUGUUUUACUUACACUUCCAUUCACACAAACAGAAGAUGUUAAUGCUGAUUUAUUGUUACGAUACCAAGCAUAAUUAAUAAUUAGUAAGAAUUUACAUUAAAAAUCUUUUUAAUUUAAGAAUAUUAAAAAUUUAACAUUAAUACCUGUAUCAGGUUAAAUAUCAAUUUUCAAUACUAUUUUUCAAUUUUCAAAAAUAUGUAUUAAAUACAUGUGAAAAAGUAACAAAAUUAAGGAUAUAAAUAUUGAACUGAAAUUAUUGUGCAUUCUUAAAAAUAUAGCUUAAGAAAAGAUAUUUUUAGAAUAUUUUUAGAAUUUAUAUUUUUAAUAAUAUAAUAAGAAAAUAUUAUGUGGUAAUUAGUAUAUAUUUUUUCCUAUCUUUUAGAAAAGUACUUAAACAAUAUGUACAAAUGUAUAUUAAAUGUAUAAUUGUAUAUUUAAUUAUUGUACAAUAAAGAAAUCAAAUUAUUUCUUUUUAAUCGAAUAUUAUAUUUUAAUUGAAUUGUAUUAUUAAAAAGAAAAAAUAAAAAAAAGAUGAUGUUACAAGGUAGUGUUUAUUUUUGCACGAGAAAACUUACAUAUGAUACAACAUACUUGCCGCAAAUUAAAUAAUUACAGAGGUAUGCUGUGUAUACUUUCCAUAUGAACAGAAAGUGAAAUGUAUUUAAUAUUACUAGAUAUUAUAUUGCAUACGAAGACAACUAUUUUAUGAAAAUUUUUUUUAUUCUGAUUUUAUUUAUUAUUGUAAAUUUCAUCUAUUUUAUUAUGUGUUAUAAGAUGUACAUAUAAUUUUACAUUAACAAUAGCAGUCUUCGUAAGGAAUGCAUUUUAUUUCGAAAUAAUUCUAACUGAACUUAAUUAUAUUAUUUUAGUUCAAUUGACGCACUCUCUCUCUCUCUCUCUCUCUCUCUCUCUCUCUCUCGCUCUCUCUUCUAUAAGUUAAGAAGAUAUGUUCUAUUCGAUAAAGUCAUCGCUAUGAUGACUUUCGUUUGAUAUGCGCGAUAUUCUUGGCCGUAAAGAUAUUGCAAUAUUUCUGCAAUAUACGUAAAUACUUUCAAUGAUAUAAUCUAUACUUUCAAUGAUCCAAUUCUAUCUUAAAUAUAAUAGUAAUUUGUAUCUUAAGAAAUUAAGUAAUACAGAACACUUUCACAUAUUGUACACAUAUACGCGAAAACAGAUAUAGAUUUUUUUUACAUAUAAAUGUGUCUUGAUAUGUGUGUAAAUACAUUUAUGUGUAAUCAUAAUUGUAUAUAAUUUUAUUUAAUAACAGUACAUAUAUAAAGGAACAAUUCCUCGUAUUAUUUGAAGAUUUAUUCUACGUUAAAUCAAAGCAAAAUUGCUUAGACUUUGAAUAUAAAACUCCUGAUUUAAUGUAAUAAGAUUUCGUAUUUUCAAACAAUCAUGACUUAACGAUAAUAUAUAUGAAUAAAACUCUGUUUUCGAUAAAAUAUUUAUGUUUUAGCAUGUGAAAACUUUGCUAAACCUCAAUGACAAUCCUAAAACACGUGUAUUUGCACAAUGAAAAUAGUAUAUAAUUUAUAACAAAGCUAACAAACAGCUUCGUAAAAUAUGAAUAAUGUCAACAGAUGUGCCACAAGAUGUAACAUGUGUUACAUUAUGUAUAUGAUGUAUAUAAAUGCGUAUAUAUAAUUUUUCUAUCUAUAAUAAAUUACAAUAAAUUAUAAUAGUUUGAUAUAAUAGGAUGAGUGUAACGAUGUCACUGAGAGUAGCGCCGACCAAUAAUAUUUCCAUAUCUCGGGAAAAAAAUCGUAUUUGACAGAACAUGGUAUAUAAGAAAAGUAGCAUUAAUACAGUAGUAGUUAAUUAGACAUAGAACUUUAAUGUGAUAGAAAGAUAGAGCUAUUGUCAACGUUUGCUUGCCUAUUAAAGAAGAGCAAACCGCUGACCUAUCUAAGAAUUGGACAAGAGUUUACUGUGCGGGCGCCAACACACGAAUGAUUGGCCACGUUUAGAAUGCGUUGCGACAGACGAGAUCCGUGCGCUAGAAAUUUUUUCUCUAUCUUAUCGAAUUAUUUAAUUUUUCAACUUCUAUUUGUAUAUUCUGUCUCUUUAUUAUGUUUUUAUUGUAAAUAUAUCACACCACAAAAUAAGUUUAAUAGUGUAAAUCAUGAAUUUUUAAAAUUUUUAUGAUCGAUAUUUUUUGUUUUUAUAAUUGAGAAUAAUUUUAUAAUUUUUACCUGAUAUAUUGAAUAUAAAUUUUUUAAUAUAUUAUAUUAAUUUCAAUAAAUUUAGUUAAACAUAUUUAUUAAACAUAUUUUUUAUCUUAAACAUAUUUAAAGUUUUGUACUUUAUAUUUACCGAACUUUUGUUAAGAAAAAAAAGAUUUUUACAAUUUAUAAAAUUCCUAUAUUCCUAUAUUCUAUAUAAUAAAAAUAAAUAAGUAAAUUAUAUGAAACAAAUUAUAUGAAAGAAGAAUAUAUGAUAAGAUAUAAAAUAUAUUUUUUGUUUCAUUGUAAUCAAAGUCUUUAAGUAUUUCAUUAUUAGAUAAUAUUAUUAUGAUUUUUUGUAGUUGUAAGAUACUUAUUUCUAACAUAAUUUCAUUGAUAAUAUUUUUAAUAACUACAUAUUGUUGAAUACUAAAUAUAUAAAAAUUGGAACUAUCAAUAAUAUUAUAAAUAAGCAUAAGAAAUAUUUGCAUAUUUCAUUUUUCGACGAAAUGAUUGAAAUAUUAUUUUUUGAAUAUAUUUUUAUGUAUUAGCACUUAUAAAUCUUAAAUAAAAUAUUUACGAAAAUAAAUAAUUUUCUAUCUACAAAUUGAAUUAAAAAAAUUUUUAUAUUCCUAUUUGAAAAUGUAUUGAAGAAACUUUACUAAGUAAACUUUUCUUGUGAGACAGAAUAUUAUAUUUCAAAUACAUGUCUUUUCAUUUCAAUUACAUGCAUAGGUAGUCAAUAAGAUAUACGCAUCAUAAUGAAACAAUAAAACAACAAUAAAAUCCAUGUUCAUGGAGAACCAACAAUAAAAGAAAAUUUUAAUAUUUUUAAACAUAUUAAUAUAUCUUUUUUAAUAAAGCUAUAUGUUGUAAGUAAAUAUCUUAUUAACAUUUUUGUAAUUCUUAGAAAUGGUUUCUAAAUAUCACUAACUAAUCAUUCAAUUAUACUAAAGGUUAUAUAUCAUUAUAGAAUACUUAAAGUCACAUGAUUCAAUCUGUUAAAGCACCGAUAACUCAACAAUAUAGGUUACAAUUAAUGAUUAACUAUUAUUCAAAGUGUGUUAAAAAUAGCAUAAUUGAUUUUUCUUAACAAGAUGAGUCAAAAUAUUACGUUUCGUUUUUUUCUGCGAGAAAAAGUAUAUUCAUAUGAUUUAAAAAUGAAAUAUAUCAUCUUUUGUCAUAAAAAUUAUUAUAUAGUAAUGAUUUGCAAUAACAACGAACAUUGUGUUAUCAUUAAUUUAUAAUUAAAAUCAAAAGCGAUAUGAAAUUAACAAAAUUGUUAGAUUUCAGAGGAAAGAAACUUCCAGCGCUCGGACAUUACUGUAUAAACGUUCGAGGAUUUUCAUAACAUACACAGAGGACUAGAGUUUUACAAUAACUGAUUGAUCUAAGUAUAUAGUUGUAUAUUGCCUACUACACGCAGCGACUACCGUUUAAACAUUUUCGUUACAAUUUGUUCAGGCUAGGUCGCCAAUUAUUAGAUAAAUAUUUGUAUGUGUAUUUUUUUUAACAACGGAGAACGAGAUUCUAGUGAUUUGCAUGAUUUGCAAAGAAUUCUUCAAUUUUAUUAAUAAUUAAAUAUUAUACAGAUAACUAUAUAUUAAUUAACUAAUAAAGUGAUCUAUAUAAUGUGAUAUCUUUAUAUUGCAUGUAUUAGAAAAUUUUAUUAAUUAAUUUAUAAUUUAUUAAAUUGUGCCAUUUUGUGAAAAAUUCUUUACUCUCUUAUAUUCAAGCGAAAUAUGUAAUACGAAAACGAAAUUUUUAGAAAAAAUAUUAGAGAGUGUUCUUUAUAUUUGAGAAUCAAUCUUUUUAAUUAUAAUAUUUUAUCAUUAUUAAUAUUUUAAAAAAGAAUAAAAUAAAUUUUAAAAAAUUAGAAUUUAAUAUUUUAUUAUUACUUGUUAAAAUUGUUAACUAUAUAUAUAUAAUUCAUAUAAGUAAUUCUUUUUAAUUAAAACUUAUACAAUAUUCUCUCAGAUAAUUUAUGAAAAUAUUUUAUUUUGUGAAAAAAAUUUUUUUUUAAUGGCACAAUUUAUUUGCAAUUUUUAUUCGCAAUAUAUGGAUUUACUAUGGAUAUGGAAUAAAAAAAAAAAAAAAACAAA